AUCUCUGAAAAAAAACAGAAGGAAAUAAAACUGCUUUUACAAUACAGUUUUAGAUCUUGACCACCCAAACAGAAUCUUAAAAACACAUGUUUUCUUUCAUGUUUUUUAUUUUAUUUUAUAUUUUACUGUAACAAAAAACCCUCACCUGCUAACCAGGGUCGUUAGAUUGUUUAAUCAUUGAGAACUCAGAAGUGCUUUUUCUCUCUCUUCAAAGGGUCAGCUGUUGUUGUUGUUCUGUUAGUGGGAAAAAUGUUGAUUUCAGCUGAAAAAAAAAGGGCAGAUCUCGUUGCUUUCAGUUAAUGUGAACGAGUCCUUCCAAUCACGUCGUCUCCGAUGGAAUCAUCUAACGGUCCAGAUUCCACCGAUGGGUUGCCAUCCAUUGACUUUUCGGAUUCUCCUCCUCCUCUUCCCACCAUCUGUACGGACGUCAAUGUCGUCCCUGAGCACGAAAAGAAUGAGCUCCAGCAGUCCAUAUCAAAUCUUGAAGGAGAAAUUGCACAGUUGAAGCAGAAGCAGAAGUUCUUGGAUGAGAAGAGGAGAGAAUCUUUGAACAAGAUUAUAGACAUCAAAGGUAGUAUUCGAGUGUUCUGUCGGGUCCGACCGUUCCUAGUGAUCGACAGGAGAAGAAUCCGGGAACCCAUUUCGGCCGGAUCGGAGAAGAUUGCGGUUAAGACAGCCGGAACAAGAAAAGAAUUUGAUUUUGAUAAGGUUUUUCCACAAGAAACCAGUCAAGAAAAUGUGUUUGCUGAGGUGGAACCAAUUCUCAGAUCUGCACUUGAUGGCCACAAUGUGUGUAUUUUUGCUCACGGCCAAACCGGCACGGGCAAGACAUUUACCAUGGAUGGAACUAGUGAGGAGCCGGGGAUAAUUCCUCGAGCUCUCAAGGAGCUUUUCUGUCAAGCCUCCUUGGACAGCUCGUCCUCUAUUUCCUUUUCGAUGAGCAUGUUGGAAGUUUACAUGGGCAGUCUCAGAGAUCUGCUGUCCCCAAAACCCACCAACAGAACAUACGAAACUGUAACAAGAUGCAAUCUCAACAUUCAAACAGAUCCGAAGGGGACGGUGGAAAUUGAGGGCCUUACAGAAGUCCAAAUUGUCGAUUUUGCUAAAGCUAGGUGGUGGUAUAAUCGGGGGAGACGAGUUAGAUCAACUUCUUGGACGAAUGUCAAUGAGGCGUCUAGCAGGUCUCACUGCUUAACAAGGAUAACCAUAUUUCGGAAUGGGGAUGCUCUGGAAGCUAAAAGGGAAGUGGGUAAACUGUGGAUGGUUGAUCUUGGAGGAAGCGAACGGUUGCUUAAAACGCGGGCAACUGGACUUACACUUGAUGAGGGAAGGGCCAUAAACCUUUCACUUUCCGCCUUGGGUGAUGUCAUUGCUGCUCUACGAAGGAAGCGAGGCCAUGUGCCUUACAGGAACAGCAAGCUGACACAAAUCCUGAAAGACUCCUUAGGUCACGGUUCAAAGGUUUUGAUGCUUGUGCAUGUCAGCCCCUGUGAAGAAGAUGUUGGGGAGACGAUAUGCUCUUUGAGUUUCGCCAAGAGAGCUAGAGCUAUAGAGUGUAACAGGGAAUUAGCAGAGGACUUGAAGAGGCACAGGGAAAAAAGGGUGAAGGAACUCGAAGAAGACAUGAGAGAAGCUGAAGAAGAGUGCCGUAAAGUUAAAAAUCAGAUACAAAAGGUCGAUUUGCUGCUACGCGAAAAUAUAAACCUCUUUGCAGCCACGUAUGGACAUUUGAAAGAUGAGAAGGCCCCCAUUAGUCCCAAAGAAGUUUCGAGGGAAGUUAUAGAAACGCCUCGAAAGCUAGAGAAAGGAAGCAGAGGAAACAACAUUUCAAAUUCUUUGCCUCGGUUCAUGACUUCCACUGCAGCCAGUCGACAAAGGCAAAGCUCUGCAGAAAGAGAAACUGCCGCUAAAGCAAGAAGUUUGAGAUCCGUGGCCAGAAGUUCAAUCCAAUUUACAGCUUCACAGUCAAUGAGUUACUCAGACCCUCAAAUCAAAGCAAUUUUACAAAACUCGAGUAGGAAAUCGCGAUAUGCGCAGGAAGCAGCAGAUACUUUACCGGCAGAGAGCCCGAAGUGCAAUGGCUCGGAAUCAUCCAAGACACGAAGCAAGUUGGUCACUUCGUCCGAUCCAAACUUGAGACCUAUGCUUAGUCGUCAUAGAAGAAGGAUGUCUGAUCUAAUCUAACGGUCUGAGUGUGAAUAAGAUUAAGAUAAUGUGUUAUAUGUUAUAGCAGGAAUAAGAUGAGUGUUCGUGUUUUCGGGUUGUUUUCGGAUUGUUUUCAAGGUUCAUGUACUUGAUAGUUUGAGUUUGUUCCUGCAAGAGUUUUGCAGCUGAGUGUCGUGUGGGGUGGUUCAAAGUUUGAACUUCAAACUUCAACUGGGAUCUGUUAAUUAUUUGUUUACACGAUCCCUAGGUAGUAAAAUGAUCUGAUUAAGGUUGAUGAUUUAUGUUAAGUUAAAUUGUUAACAGAA